AUGGGCCGCCUGAUGCUCCAAUCGUGGGAUGGUGCGAAUUGGAUCACAGAGUGGUCGUCGUCUGGUGACCCUCUCGGUGUCUGGAAUCGAGCCGAUGUACGAUUGCCGGAUGAUGCGCAAGCAUUGCGCUUCCUGGGGAUCACGAGGAAUGUGUAUGAAAACCGCAUGGCGUUGGAUUCGCUGCAGACUUCCAAUUCAUCAAUGGCCACCGAAUUGCCCACCUACGAGACCGUGGCAUGCAACUUUGAGACCAACUCCUGCAGCUGGAAAGCCUUCACUGGCCAGGCUUGGAUGCGGAGAACUGGUCCAACAUCGUCGACGGGCACAGGACCUGUCUGGGCGUUCGAUGGCAGUUACUACAUGUACCUGGACGCGACGUCCAAUCAUCCCAACAAGGAGUUUGUGCUGGAAAGCCCCGUGUUCCGAAACGGUUCCGGUGCAGCCAGAUACGUUAUUUUCCGCUACCACAUGUACGGAGUCCACAUGGGCCAGUUGAUGCUACAAUUCUGGCACGGCAUGCAGUGGACCACAGCCUGGUCGCUCUCCGGAAACCAGGGUGACAGAUGGUAUCGUGCUGUCGUGUGGUUACCAAAUGAUGCACAAGCGCUGCGCUUCCUGGGCAUGACCGGGACUGGAUUUGCAGGCGAUAUUGGCUUGGAUAAGGUGCAAGCAGCUGCCGCAGUUCCCAUCGUUGAGUGCAGCUCUCCGGCUGCUGGCUGCGACUGGACAUCCACCGCUACCGUUGACCAGGUCCGCGAAGUGGUCUUGGAGAUGGAUGUGAACUCUUGCAACACAGACAUGUAUGGCACGUACGUUCUGUGGGGUCAGACGCACAGUGGCCGGGCCUACUACAAGCACUCGUCGGUUUACAAGUUCCUGUACUACGAUCCCAGCUGCGACGGCGGCUCGGCUUCACCACAGUGGAUUUUCGACAACAAUUGGCCGUCGAGCACUGCUUUAAACGAUCUGGACAGGGAUGGGUCGUGCAGCUACGAAGGCCAUGCUUACAGCGACGAUGUUACGCCCCCGCUGUCUGGAAGGUGGCUCAGCUGGUGCUGCUGCGCCCCCAGUGGUGGUGGUGGUUGGUCGACCCGCCGCCGAAGAACGUACACUUUUCUGGAGGAGACACUCGGGGUAUAUGUGCGGAGGGCCAAGACGUUUAAUGAUGCGUUCUAUCUUACUGCGAUGUAUGUCACCGACCGAGAAGGCGAUCCACAGGCGUUCGUUUUGCAGAGCCCCUUUUACACCACGGGUACAAGCUUAUACUUUGACUACCUCAUGCACAGCUUCGAUGAUAACUUCGGCAGCAUCCAGCUACAGGCUUGGAAUGGUCAGUACUGGACGAUCGUCUGGUCACUCUCUGGCAGUCAGGGCGUCCAUUGGCAGCAAGGGGCAGCACAUUUCGCGAACAUCUUCACCUAUUUGCAAUUUCGAGGAUCCCUGGAAGCGUGGAAAACCGGAGACUUGGCCGUGCGGGCAAUCCGCACAGCUGUCGCGGUGGAAGACCUGGUUUGCUCGGACUUUCAGGUCAACAGCUUCUGGUUGGAGCCUAGCAGUGUUGCCCCCAACAGAGCCACGUGGAGAGUGGUGGACAUCGGUUUGGAAGCCAGGGGGGCGGAGAGCCAAACAGCUGUACUUGAGAGUGCUCAGAUCCGAAGCGUUGGUUCCGAGACCGCUUUUUUUCUCAGCUUCCAAGUCGUGGGGCCCACAGCAGCCCUGGAGGUGCAGCAACUCGUGGAGAAAAGCUGGACACAUCUCCAAACCACACCUCUCGUCUCCUCUGGUUCCUGGCAGCAGCUCGCGGGCCUGAUCUCUGUGCAAACGCAGGCACUGCGCCUGCUGGCGACCAUGAACAGCACGACAGAUCUGGUGAAGAUCCGCUCCUUCCAGUUAGACACAGUGCAACUCGUAGGCAGUCUCGAGGAUGCGGGGUGCGACUUCGAGGAAGGCUUCUGCAAAUGGACAGGGGACUGGCUGCGAACGAAUGGCAGCGCGUUUCGUGGCCACGCAUUCGCCUCUGCCUCGCAGACGAACGAGAUUGGUACUAUUAGAGAGGUGAUCUUGACCAGCCCGCUUUUCGCAAGUGCCGAGGCGGUCUACCUGGCCUUCGCCUUCCGCACGGGACGGGGGCAAUCCUUCCGUCUGCAAGUGGAGAUGUGGAGCCCUGAUGGCCUCUGGCAGGAACGUUGGUCCGAGGUCGGCCAGCGAGAGGUGGGGUGGCAGCAAGUCAAGCUGCGCCUGCCAGCCACAGUUAGUCGUGUGCGCUUCAGGGGCUAUAUGCCCGCUUGGAGAAAUACCUUCAUGGCAUUGGACGAAGUCUUAUUGUAUUCGCAUGAGCAUGCCAUGCCGGCUGGCAUGGUCCUGGUUGGUGGGCACCAUCACCAGUGCGCUCUGGCUUUCGGACAGCUCAAAUGCUUCGGAAAGAACAGCGGAGGGCAGUUGGGCUAUGGCACUUCCGACGACGUAGGCGAUGACCAGGACGAGGUCGGUCUGCAAUUGCCGGUGGUGGACGUUGGAGGUACGGUCGUGCAGGCUUGUGCCGGAGCUAAUCACACCUGUGCGGUUCUUCAAGAUGGCUCCCUGAAGUGUUGGGGCUCGAACGUUUAUGGACAGAUCGGCUCCGGAAACGCGACUGGUCUCGGUGAUGAUCCCAACGAAAUGGGUGACCGGUUGCCUGCGGUCGAUCUGGGCAAUGGCACAAAGGCGACCCAAGUCGCCUGUGGCUCCUUGCACACUUGCGUCCUUCUUCAUGACGGGGGCAUCAAGUGUUUCGGCUACAAUGGCGAUGGGCAGCUGGGCAUGGGAGACAGCAUGAACCGUGGAGAGCACAGCUGGCAGAUGGGAGAUGCGCUGCCCGCUUUGGACCUGGGGAGUUUCAGAGCAACCCAGGUCACCGCAGGAUUCCGAUCUUCCUGCGCCCUGUCCUCUGAAGGGGUGGUUUGCUGGGGCCAGCAGUUCCCCAGUGGGGAGAUUGUGGGCAACAUGUCCUCGGGGAUGGGUGAUAGCCUUCCGACAAUCGGCUUCGAGCAGCGGCCGAUGCAGAUCGGCACAGGCGAAGGGCAUGCUUGCGUCCGUCUAGCAGAUGGGCGCAUGCGAUGUUGGGGUCAGAAUGAAGAUGGUCAGCUUGGUCUCGGUGACACGGUGAGUCGAGAGGCCCACGAGGCAGCUGACGUCGACCUCGGCUUUCCAACAACUCAGAUCUUCGUGGGCUCGCAUCACUCUUGCGCAAUUUUGCAGGAUGAGAGAACCCUAUGCUGGGGUCGCAAUGGCAACCGGGAGCUUGGGCAAGGCACUGCAAUCCCCUUCUAUCAAAACCCUGUAGAGGUGCUCGUGGGAAAGGUCCAAAGCCUGUCGAUGGGCAAUGCGCACAUCUGCUUUUUGCAGAGCGGAGGCUCCAUCUUCUGCUUCGGUGCGAAUGAUCACGGCCAGUUGGGAGUGCCAGCAGGCGAGGAGUCGGCGGAGGACGGAGCAGCUUUUCUUCCCCGGCUCUUCAGCGCGCGAACUCCCAGAGCAGAAGGCUUGGAGUCCGUCCGCUUGUCUGGAGGCUCCAGGACCUGGGGCUUCCUCGAAGUGCUGCGCGAGGGCACCUGGUCGCCGGUUUGCGAUGAUGGCUUCGACACGGCGGCGGCCAUGGUGGCUUGCAAGGACUUGGGCAUGGCUGCCGGCGUACCUUUGAGUUCCUUUUUCGUGCUCAACAACAAUGCCUUUGCUAUUGAUGACAUCAGCUGCACCGGCGAAGAACUGAGUCUUGGUGAUUGCUCAUUCGGGGGAUGGCAGAUCCAUGACUGUGGGCCACAGGAAGCAGCAGGAGUGCAGUGCAACUGGGACGACUGGGUCGACUACAGCGUUGCGGGGCCGAGGGCCCGGCAUGGGCACAGCAUGGUCUGGGACCCGGAGCAGCAGAUCGUUCUCAUCUUCGGGGGUGAGGCUGGCCGAAGCUUCGAUUUCUUUCAGGACCUCUGGCAAUAUCACUGGCCUUCCCGAGCCUGGACCUUGUUGUCAGCCAGUGGUCCGUCAACGAGGCAAGGCCACUCCGCCGUGUGGGACGGCGCAAGUCGAUCGAUGCUGAUCUUCGCAGGAGUCCACCUGGGUGGACACUUUGAUGAACUUUGGCAGUACCAGGCGGAGCUGGGCACCGUGGGCACCUGGCGGCAGCUUCUCUUCGAGAUGGCACCAGCAGCACGCGCCCACCACUCGGCCGUUUGGGACGACGAUUCUGGUGCGAUGCUGGUGUUCGGAGGCGAGAAUGGCGCAGCUUUGGGUGAUCUCGCCAGGUGCAGUUUGAGCCGCGAGGUCUGGAGCUUCGCUGCUGCCGGCCCAGCCCCAAGGAGCUGGCACUCUGCGGUCUGGGAUCGGGUGACAAGGUCCAUGCUGGUCUUCGCCGGCUUGGGUGGCAGUGCCUACUUGCAGGACCUUCAUGUGUAUGACUCAUGGGCGGACCGGUGGUGGGAGCUCUUUCCAGCAGGGAGCCCGUUUCCGAGGGCUCGCCAUGGGGCAGCCUGGCAGCCGGGUGCCAUGUCCAUGCUCGCGUUUGCCGGAGUUCAGAACGUUAGCGGCAACUUGAGCUACGAUGGCAAGCUCUACCAGUUUGACUUGCUGGCGAACGCCUGGUCAGAGCUUUCAACCACGGUCGGCCCCUCCCCGCGUUCAGACCCACGAGGCGUAUGGGACGAGGCUUCCAGUGCGCUGAUGACAUUCGGAGGCUUCGGCGCCACAUAUUUCGACGACCUCUGGCGGUUCCCUUCGAAUGAGCGAUCACGAGCAGUCGCGAAGUGCCCCGUAGGCCAAGACUGCGUUUUUGGGAUGGAUCCCCCGCUUCCUGGUGUGUCGAUUUCUGUGAAGCGUUCAUGCUUGGAUUCAGAGUCACUGGCUUCGGCCGUGAGCUCGGAUGGCCAGACCUUCACAUUCGCCGAUGACCAAACUGGUUCGUCCCGUCUCCACGUUGAACCAGGCUGGUACAGGCUAUGCUCCUGUUUUCAGAAUGUUUCGCGAUGCGACCAGCCCGGUGACUUCUCCUCAACCCUGGGCUUCUUCAUCAGUGAGGGUCCCUAUGCCAACCAAACUCUGCAUUGCUUUAUGGGUCGGCCCUGUGUCUUCGCAUCCUGGCGCGGCGUGGGCUUGUCGGUGAAGGACGGUGUGAUCGCCAUGAGCCAGUGUGGAUCUCCCAAUUCCUCCGUGACCUUUGGGCAGGACAGGGCCGUUCGCAGAGUCGGUCGUACCAUCGAGGCCUUCACCUUGGAACUGGAGCAGCCGCAGCUGAACGGCGUGCCGGAGACUUUGCAGCUGUGCUGGUGCCCGCAAGGUCGUCCGUGUGCAUCGUCGGAGGAUUACCAGGCCGUCGCAUUUCAAUUGCAAGUCCACUGUGCUCCAGGGCGGCAUGAGUUUGAAGGUUCGUGUAUGAACUGCCCCGAAGACUCAUUCUGCCCUGAUGGCCACCGUGUUGAAAGCUGCCCAGCCGGAAGCGCUGCGGUGGCCGGAUCCAGUGAUUUUUCGAAUUGCCUGUGUGAGGCUGGGCAUUAUAUGCAGGAAGCCACUUGCCGAAAGUGUCCAUAUGGCUCCACGACAUCGCAGGCUGGAGCCGUGGCAUCGGAUUCUUGCAUAUGCGCACCGGGCUUUAUAAAUGCUUCGAGCAGCCCCUCACAAUGUGGGCCCUGUGGCUUUGGCUCUUUCUGCAUGGGAGGUACACACCGGGAGAAUUGCGGAGAGUCUCAAACCACGUUCGUGGAUGUUGCCAGCGAUCGGAGCCAGUGCGUGUGUGCAGAGGGAACGUCCCUUUUGGAUGAGGUCUGCAAGCCCUGUGCAGCAGGUGAGUACAAGAGUGGCAUUGGCAAUCUGCCGUGUAGCAAAUGCACGGCUGGGACCUGGAGUGAUGCUAUUGGUGCUACCUCGGAUGCAACGUGUCAAGCUUGCCCGUCCGGGUCCACUACAGAGAAUCCCGGCUCCUGGAUUGAAGACUUGUGCAUUCGUCCACACGGUGACCAGCAGUUUCGCUGCACUUCUGGCAAGGCUUGUUCCGUUCCGCUGGGCGGGUUUCAUCUUCGAGACGGUCACCGGCUAGCACUCACCAUGUCCAAAGACUGUGGCGGAGCAAAGUUGCCCGUCGCCGGCAUGGCCAAUGACGGCACCUCGAAGCCAGCCAGCGGUGAAGGAAACCUCUACACUUGGGGCGACGUCCCUGCAGAUUUCUUGCCAGAAGGUGGCAUCUACCGCCUCUGUUGGUGUGCCAGCAUGGCUGGCCUCGUCUGCGCCAGCUUGGAGGGUUUUGAGCUUUUCGCGGGUCUGCUCGAGGUUGCGGGGCCCCUCAGCGAUCAGCUCUUUCAAUGCGUGCGUGGGCAGGACUGCCUUGGUCUGGAGCCCUUCCGGGGCGUCGGCUUGUCCUCGUUGGAUCGCCUGUCUCUUAAGGCCGGUGGAUGUGGUGGCGCGGUGAUGCAGAUCUCCCCAGCCAAUGCAGACGGAACCGCAAGCCUUCAGCGGCUUGAAGCCCUCGGCGUGUUCGGAGAGUCGGAGGAGGUCUCCCUGCGCUUCAACUUCGGCACCUCCUCGGACGUCGAGCCUUUGCUGGACCACGGCUUGCGCAUCGAUGCAAGCGAGGCUGGAUACGACCUCUGCUGGUGUGGUGCGUCCGAGAACGACGUUCCGGCGACCUGUAGCCAACCUCCAGACUUUCUGGUGCCAGCCGGCAAGCUGCAGAUCGAAGGGCCUGGUGCCAACCAAGAGAUCAUUUGUUCCAUUGGGCAGCCGUGCGCUCUGAGUAUCCGGUCUGUCCAUGCGGCUCAGGGAGACCGCAUCAUGGUCCUUUCUGCUUGUGGUGUGGAUUCUGCGGUGCAAGGCUUCCCCGGCCGUGGAAUCGCAGAGUACGCCGAGGACCGUGCCACGUUCCAAUUCCAGGGCGAGUCGAACCUGCUUCUAUCACCUGCGGGGAUUUACAGGCUCUGCUUUUGCAGGCCAACUGCAGAAGAAGACUGUGAGACUGCCUCUGCUUUCCGAGCACCUGUUGGGCUCAUGACAGCAUCCGGCCCGUUCCGGCAGACUUCCAUUUGCAGCGUUGGGAGCCAUUGCACACUGGAGCUGUCAGGCAUCUAUCUGCAGGAAGGUGAUGCGAUGAUCGUGGUUGAGGAUACUUGUGAUAAAUCUGCCGGGAGCAUAAGCACAUUCAUGUCCCUGAAGCAGCCCUUUUACUUUGAGAAAAAUGGAAAGGCGCUGCAAGUGUCCAUGGGGCAGCUGCCCAAAUCGACAGUCGCUGCAACUUACAGGCUCUGCUGGUGUCCAAGACUUCAUGGUUGCGCAUCCGCUUCGUCCUUCCGGGCAGCAUCUGGCCAGCUGCAAAUUGACUGUCCAAAGGGGCAUUUUUUUACGGCUUCGCGAUGUGCUGCGUGUGGCCGCGGCUUCUAUUGUCCCGGAGGCAGCCCCGGGUCCGCAACACGAUUUCCUUGCCCCGAGCAUGAGACCACGCAGCAGCGAAGGGCUUCUGCAGCUUCUGACUGCGAGUGCAUGGCUGGCUACUUUCUGGAUUCUGGAAGUUGCAGUGCCUGCGACAGAGGAUUCUACAAGACUGAUGUGGGCAAUGCUGUUGCCUGCAAUGCCUGUCCGCAGAAUCUGACCACUCUUCUCAGCGGUUCCGUGUCCAGUUCCUCGUGCAUUUCUCCAGCUGCAGAGGAGGACGGUGGCUCUACUAGUGUGGUGGACUUGAACCCAGCAGCCGGCCUCAGCAACACUUCGGAUGUAGCAACCAUGACUUUCAAUGUAUCUCUCGGCACAGACUGGAUUGAUCCAGAUGUCAGGCGUGACCUGAUUGCCACCCUGCGCCGAAGCAUUGCAGACUCUACGAGGAUGGAUCCCAGCGCCGUGGAGAUCACGCUACCUUGGGCAGAUGCAGCCGGCCGCAGGUUGUCAGAUAUACCGUCAGUCGUGAUCAUGCUGAAGUUUACCUCGGCUGCGGAGGCCAACCGCUCUGUGCAGGAGACGGAUGUGAGCGUGCUUGUGGGUGACAUGAGCAAUGCAGUCCGGCUGAAUGACGACUUGUCCGACUUCACCAUCGAAGUUACAUCAGUUCCCGAGGUGUCGUCUCUGACAAUCAGCUGCCCAGAGUUUUCAGCCAGGCCCCCGGGGGUCCCGAUCGUGAGUGCAAGCGAUUGCCUCUGCUUGCCGGGCUACGGCUUCGAUGCGCAGAUUGGCACAUGUGGACUUUGUCCUCAGGGCGAGUAUAAAUCUGCACUAGCAGAUGCAGAGUGCGAGAAAUGCGAGACUCCGAAAUCAACGGUUCAGCGUGGCGCCAUGUCGGUGCAGCAAUGCGUUUGCGGGGCUGGCCUGUACGACCAUGAGGGCGACUGCCGCAGUUGCGAGAUCGGAUAUUACUGCAAUGGCUCGGGCAUUGCACUCCCAUGUCCAGCGAACUCAACUACGAUCUCUGAAGGAUCGCGGUCUAGAACAGAGUGUCUCUGUGAGGCCGGAUAUGAGACUGGCCGUGAUGCAGGACUCUGUGAACCGUGCCCGCCGGGAAGGUACAAGCCAAGCGCAGGCAGCGGAGUCUGCUUCCUGACGUGCCCAGCGAAUGCAGACAGCAGUCCAGGCUCCACAGAAGUGGAUGCUUGCUACUGUUUGCCCGGGCAUGUGGCAGAGAUGGACAAGAAGGGCCAGCUAUCGCGCUGUGCCAGCUGUGCUCUCUACAGUGGCUUGGUGUGUAACGGUAACUUCGAUGUGGGCACAAGGAAUCACACCCAGCCGCGGGCCAUUGCCGGCUGGUUCCAAACUGGCAGCACGCUGGCCGUCCAAUGCCACGUUGUCUUGCCCAACGGAGACAGCGUCUGCAGUGGCCUCUCUCCGGAGUGCAAGCACGAUCCAACUCUUGCAGCUUGUAGCGAACCUGUCGGAAACCAAUGCGCAGAGGGCUCUUCUGGUGUGAUGUGUGGAGAGUGCCCGGAGGGCUGGGGCAGAGGCACUCUUUUGGAAUACUGCCAGCCCUGCCCUCCGGUCAAUCGUGCCUGGCUGCUCUUUGCCUCCGUCCUGGCAGACCUCACGCGAAUCACUGCUUUGAACUUCGUGCUUACCGUUCUGGCGGCGAAAGGCUCGGGAAGCUCUCUGAAGCUUCACACCUGCAUGAUACGUAUGGUCCAGGCUUGGAUCGGAGCAUGCCAGAUCUUGCUUACCUUUAAUCUGGAUCGUUUGCAGCCCUUCCAGUGGUCUCAGGAAGAAGCACAAGGCAGCUGCGACGGGGAGUGUCGCGAGAUUCUGCGCUUCGCGUGGCCUCAAGCAGUGUCCGAUGCCAUGCGAGGAGCGUUUUCGCUAGUAGCAGUGAUUCCCCGGGCGAGUGUCCACUUCGCGGCAGAGUGCCAAGCUGAGACCUGGUCGAGCGACAAGGACAUGAAGCGGAGUGCACCGGUCUUGUACUACCUAUGCUUACCGGCUCUUACUCUUCUCGGCACCCUUUUCCUCUCGGCGCUGGUGGUUUACGCCGUGCUGCCGCUGGGAAAGAUGUUCGGGCUCCAUUUCAAUGAAGCCGACCGCAAGGAGGCCAAGAAGCGGGCAGCCCUACAAGCCGUGCGAGGCCAGUUGAACCUCAUGAAGCAGGACCUUGCCAAGAGCCCUCAGGGCGAGGGCGGCGAGUCGGCCCGGGGCCAUGUCCUGCAGCUCCCGCAGGGAGUCUGGGACGAGGUGAACUUGGAGGAGGUCCCAGAUGUCGUUCUCGCUGGAGGCAUACGAGAUGAUCAGCUCCUGGCUACUGCAUCCGAUGGCUUGAUCUCCGAGAAAACCCUGCGUCGCCUGGAUGGAAACGGCGCGAUAGACAGAGCUUGA